ACUCAUUACGUGAAGCAUCUACGCUCCGCUCUGCUGUCAGUUUGGUCAAUUUGUCAGAAAAAUUUUUUUAAGUGCGUUUGUCGUGGAAUUUUUAAUUGUUUGUUUUCAAUUAUUACACACGAAAAGUAAGCAAUAAUAACCAAUAAAAAAUAGUGCGUUCCCCUUUCACAUGUGCAUCGUUCCCUAGCGAACAGUAGCGAAAAAGGAAAAGGUUCAGCGAAAGCGUAAAUUCAUUCAUUUAUUAACAAUUCAACAAGCGUUCAACAAGUUAAAUACAAAGCGAAGAAAACACAAACUGCAAACAUGUCCAGUCUGCCACGUCGCAUUAUUAAGGAAACCCAACGUUUGAUGCAGGAACCUGUACCUGGCAUUAAUGCCAUUCCUGAUGAGAACAAUGCACGCUACUUUCACGUCAUCGUAACGGGUCCAAAUGAUUCACCAUUCGAGGGUGGAGUUUUCAAAUUGGAAUUAUUCUUGCCUGAAGAUUACCCAAUGUCAGCGCCAAAAGUACGUUUCAUUACCAAAAUCUAUCAUCCGAAUAUCGAUCGUUUGGGACGCAUUUGCUUGGAUGUGCUUAAGGAUAAAUGGAGUCCAGCAUUGCAAAUUCGUACAAUUUUACUCUCAAUUCAAGCACUAUUGAGUGCACCCAAUCCAGAUGAUCCACUAGCUAAUGAUGUUGCCGAAUUGUGGAAGGUGAACGAGGCUGAGGCCAUAAAAAAUGCACGUGAAUGGACUCAAAAGUAUGCCGUCGAAGACUGAAGUGCUUAACUAUGUGUGCAUAUUAGCCGCAGACUAUGCGGUAUACGGUGGAGUAGCCGUUGUAAAGGGGGGUUGGCUGGGCAUAAGUGGGUUGCGUACACGUGAAUGCAACGGCUUUUAGUUGAUUCAAUUUUGUUGGUGACGAGGGCGGGGGUUUAAGUAGUUGUAAUGCGGGUGCAAAGAAAGUAAAAAAGGAAAUGGAAUUAUGUAAUAACAAAUAAGUAGAGUAAAAAAUAAUGCGGAAAAAAAUUUUGUGGAUUAAUAGAGGAACAAACUAUUUUCCGGUACGCUAUUUAACAUUUUUAAAUACAUAAUAUACAUACAUACAUACAAACAAAUAUAACGAUGCUGGCUGAAGAUGUCUUAAUGAUUUUAAAACUACAAGCUACUCUACUUCGCAUAACAAUAACACAGCAACAACAACAAUAUAAAAUGAGUAUAAUAAAUGAAAUAUAAAUAAAACAACAAAAUAAAGUAAAUAAUAAAAAAAAAAACAUGCAUUAACAAAUGCCUAAUCAAUGAUUGAAAAUGAUAAAUUGCUAUAACUACACACAUACUUAUAAAAUAUAAUAUAUAAAUGUCAAAUGUAUUGUAUAUGUGUAUACUCUACUAUAAACACUUUAAUACAAGCUAAAUGAUAUGAUAAUAGUUUAAAUAGAAUAAAGAGAAGAAGAAGAAGAAGAAAAUAUGCUAAAUCACUUGUAAGAAGAUGCAACAACAACAAUAACUAUGCGAUAUUUGAUUCCAAUUUUUAUAUAUGUACAUACAUAUAUGUAUAUGUAUGCAUGUAAACAGUCUAUAUUUGUCCACUGCUCUGGUGAGCGUUGAACAAUGUGAAAAUAGUGGAUUCAAGUAAGCAAAAUGCCGGUUGCAGCUUGCUGGUAGACGUCACUACCGUCGUACUACGUAUCCACACAUAUACAUAUGUACAUACAAGCAUGCAUGCAUACGAUCAUAUACACUUGGUAAGAAGUGUGUUGCACGUUGUUCGCGGUCUUAAGCUGCCAGCUCGUGUGCUAUUUCUUCGCAUUUCCUCUUGAUUUCUCUAACAAUGAUUCGUUUACUUGGCUUUGGAUAUUGCUAGUUGCCCUUCUUUUUAUUUUCGUAUUCCACAUUUCUCGGUUUCUUGGCCAACACUUUAUUUAACUACGUAUAUGUAGGUAUAUGUUUGUGUACAUGUAAACACGCCGCAUGUUAACGUUGUAUGUGCAUUUUGCGUUAUGGAAAUUGCUAUUAAUACUACUAUAUAUUUAAAAAGAACAAUGGAAAAAAAAAAUUAUAAAUCAUUUAUGGUUACACUUCAGAUACACGCUGAUAUACCUACCUACCUACCAUUAAUUAUGUAUGCUUAUGUGUUUGCUUAUUAUUUUCACUAUAUACAUAAAUAUGUAAUUAUUAGAAUUAUUAUUAAAAAAGAGUAAAAUAAAAGAAUAACAUAAUUUUUGCAUAAUAGAUAUUUUUAAACUUGUGUGGCAUUUCAUGAGCUACGCCGCUGCUCGCCAGCGAGUGUGACAGCAAACACUAAAGAAAAAGCAACAAAGCAACAAAAAAGAAAGAAAAUAAAUCCUAAAUUAUUGUGGUUCGUUGGGAUACAUGAUUUGCUAUAAUAUGUUCUACUUGAAUGUGUGUGUGUUGAAAAAGUAACCUUUUUAAACAAUUGUCACAUAAACCAUUAAGAAUCUGCAUAAUUUUUUUUUUAUAAUUUUUAUUUCUUAAUAAGUUAGUUGAAAUAAACGCGAAACCUGAAUUGUAAGAUAAAAAAU